AGGACGAUGCGUCGAGUGGGCUGCGCCCUUCGCCCUUCUAGCGGGUGGGCCUCGGCGGAGGUCGUGGGAGGGCGACCCCCUCAAGUGGCCCCCUGGCCGCGCUCCGCGGGCUGGAGCCACGACGGAGGCAGGCGGGCCGUGCCUGCUCCUCGUCCGCGACCGGAGUGAGGGUGGGCGCCUGGCCCUGACCCCGACCCCCGAAACGCAGCCCCGCCCUCGUUCUCCUUGGCGCCGUCCCCACCCGCAGGCUGUUCCAGGGCCUAGUUCCCCAUCGUCCCCCAGGUUCCAGGCCGAAGUUUGUGAAUAGUGUAAUGACUCCACACGUGUGGGCGUCCGGGCUCUGACGCUCUAACAGCCAGGUCUAUGGGAACCUGACCCGCAGCCCGGUACUGCAAGCAACACGCGCGCUCUUACUUUUAGUGUUUAUUCUGACUGUGGCCUUCAUCGCCUGAAGGAAAUUUAACUAUGUGGUAACUAAGCAACAUGGGAAGUCCUGUGUAGUAAUAAUUACCGCUGCAACUCACAGUCUCACACUUGACAAUUAAAGUUAUAUUCUACCUUUGUAGGCCUUUUUUUAACAGAACUAAAUCACAAGGGCCUUAUUGACGCCUUGCAAUUAGGGUUUUAUUUUUCUUCCUCAGGCAGUUACACAUCAAACAUCUAUCAGUUUUAGCAAUAUCUGCAUUUGAGUACUGUGUGCUGGAUGCUUUUCAAAUAAUGACUGCAAUCCUAGAGGGUGGUAAUAUUUUGCACUAUUUCACAGUUAAAACAGGCUCAGACAUGUUAAGUAACUUUUCCAAGGCAAGAGGUAGAGUCUGGGGACAAAUUCAGAUUUAAGUCUUUGCUCCCAAACAAGAUGUUUGCAUCACCCCCUGCUGUCUUCGGGCGAGACAGCUGUCGUGCUAAAGAACGAUGGGGCGGGUGGGGGAUCACACAUACAAACGUGCGGGGUUUCUGGUUUCUAGUGACAGGACAGGCAUAUUUGUCACAGUAACACGCAAGACAAGGUAUUGUCAUAAGUGACAAGUAUUGCAGCAUCUAAUGUUUGUUGAUUUGAGGUUGGAUUUUAUUUGUUAAUUAACAGUGGGUUUUUUUCUAGAAUUCUGUACCUGUGGGUAGGGUAUAGGAGAUCGUCAUUCCCAAAAGCUGAAGGUUGUGGAGAUGCGGAGGAUGUAUUUCAGCUGAGAGUAGGAGGGGCCAGUCAUUCAGUUCCCUUCGAUUGUUUUUUUGUGCCCCGGGGCCAUGCUACUGCUGAGGGUACAAAGUUUUGCUCUGUGUUCUAGGAUCUUACAGUUGGGGUGAGGCUGAGGGACAACGAUGUUGAUAGGGCAGCUACAAUCAAAAAGGGAGACUUCACACAACUUACAAUGCGGUAUCUAGGGCCCGCUUUAGUAGUGGAGUGGAUGGGCUUUUGUGUAAAAAUAUCAAUUUUGCCUGUCACCUGUCACUCCAGAACUACAGCUCAUUCCUUUAGAGUUUGAAUGCUUUUCAACAAUGCAGAGUCCCUUUUGAUGUGACAGUAACCCUUCAGAGCAUUUUAUUUCUGUAUCAGUAGACAAACCACACUAAGUUUUCGAAUCAAGGAUUUAGAGAGUGAACAAGGCAUAGAAUUAACUAGGUAUCUGAAAAGGUAAAAAGAGGUCUCAAAGUAUGAGGCUGCAGGACUCAGUCACAGUCUGUAGGACUGAGGGAAGGAAGGAGAGUGGAUGGGACUUUGAAAUGUGACACUUAAACGUCGGUGGGUCAUAGCUGAAACUGACCUCUAAGGAGGAGCUUGUGCUUCUCAGCGUCCUGCACCUGGACGCAACCUGUGAAGGGGAGGCACUGGACAAGCAGUGUAGUGUCUCUUGGGGGCUGGUCACAAAGCGGGGCCUAGGGGCGCUGGCAGCACUGGGGGCUGGAUUCAGCUGCUGUAGCCGGAGGCUGGAAGGAGUAGAAGGUGGACCGGAAGUCUCAGAGCUGCAGGCAGCAGGAGCAAGUCCGCUCUUGCCUGCGCUCUCCAGUGCCCUGACUGGCAGAGCAGGGUGCGGUCGGCGUGUUUCUCAGGUUUCUCAGGCAAUCCCAGAACUGGGGGGCCCGCGGGGAUUGGUUGACAGCCAGAGCGGUGAGAAGCAAAGCUUCAGGGGCCAGGAAGAGCAGCCUGGGGAACUUAAACUGGCCUGCUGCCAAGUUAGGGAUCGGCCAGGGCUUAGUCACGAAUGUUAGAAUGCUGCCGCCCCUUAACUUGACACAUCAGAUAGAGACCCCUAGGUCAGCUUUAGACCUAGAGUAUGACUUUGCAUCACCCGAUGCAAAGUCAUAAGUUAUAAGAUGACCUUAGUGUAAUGUGGGGAUAAUAAUGAGGAUUUUGGUGUUAUAUAAUCCAUGGAACAGCAGUAUGGUUUGAUGCUUUUCCUGUUUUUAUUAUGCUCAAUUUUCUGCUUUCCCACUCCCCAUUUAAAAAAAAUUGCUUAACUUUGGGAUAGUAAAGGAAUGCUGAAAGGAAUAAUGAACUAUCCAUGAAAUAUACUGAGUUUCUGGAAACAUAUCUUAACAAAUAUUGUAAUUCAUAAAAUAAUUUUAAGUCUUUCAACAUUUGAAAAUACGUAAGUUAUCUUUAAUAUGUAAUCAGUGUUUUAAUCACACAUCUCUCACAGUAUCCACAAAGCGUAUUAAAGAUAAUUUAAACAGUAUCUUUUAUGUUUCAUAUUUCAGAUAUUAGAAGAUCCUAUUACCACGUGUCUUUCUCCCUCAGUGUAUGACAUGAUCUGUAAACUCGGGUUCGAAGUCGGAGGAAGUCAUGAUAUCAAUAGUAUUGUAACUCCAGAUGGUGAAGUGUGCUGGAAGACACUAACGGACUGUGUGAUCUGUGCAGAAUCAGCCCAGGGUCUGGAUUACUGGGGAAGCGUGAGGCUGCUGGGCCCUGUGUGUGAGGCCAUCCAUUCACACCUGUCACACCUGCCCCGGAGACAGCUGGAAAUGCAGUUCGCACAGUGGCUCCAAUGGACAAGCUCCCCUGAGUUAUUUGCUGAAAUAUUUGAUGCCUUGGAAAGUCUUCAAUCUCCUGCAAUUUCUCUUAGCUUAAUGAAGCUGACAUCAUGUCUAGAACGAUCCUUGGGUGACGUAUUUUUACUGAUUGGAAAAGAAUGCCCCUUUCUUUUAAGAGAUCUGCUUGCAUCUGAAGAGCUCGCGCACGUCUUUGGGCAGUCUGUGAUGAAUGUGCUGGAAGUCUUCGUGGGCUGUCCCCGCGGACUCAACCUGCGCAACGUCCUGUGGCACGGCUUCGCAGCGCCUCACGAGGUCCCUGCAAAGUACUGCUCCACGAUGGUGCUGUUGAUGGCGGGGCUGGGUCAGCUGCUAAACAGUUACCUUCAGCACACCGAGUUCCCGUUGGCGCAUCGCCCACCCCUUGCUCUUACACACUUGGAGGACCUGAUCGUUUUCCCUGAUGUUACUCAUGAGGCGCCGUCAGUAUUAGAAGAACUGAUGAAGAAAUCCACUUUCAUAUUAAGAAUCAUGUUGCCAUACUGGGAACUCGCAUUAAUCAAGUUCAAGUCACACAGGUUUGCCGACUGUGCCAUGCUGUUGCUGACGCAGCUGGAGACCGGGCUCAGGAACGUCUUCGCCACCGUUAACAAGUGCCCGAGAAGACUUCUGACGGCUGAGUCAACAGCUCUUUAUACCACCUUUGAUGAAAUACUGGCGAAACACUUGAAUGAUGGUCAAGUCAACCAGCUUCCUCUUUUCCUUGGAGAUCCUGCAAUGGAAUUUCUCUGGGAUUUCCUGAACCAUCAGGAGGGUCCCCGUGUAAGAGAUCGUUUAAGCCAUGGGGAAGUCAGCCUACCUGGAUUUCCAAAAGAAAUAACAGAUCAGCUGCUUGCAUUUUCCAUUGUACUUUUACUGAGAUUCGUUGAUGAAGACGUGGCAUCGGUGUUUAAGGAAAAAGCAGCAGUAAAAUCCUUGCUCAGUCUCGCGGAAGGCUACAGUGCGCGCUUCCAUCCGCUUUCUCGGCUUAAGAAGCAGGUGCUGAGCUGCGAGCGGAGCCUCAGGGUGUGGCCUCUGCUGCCUUUGCCGGAAGAAGCUGCCAGGGAAAUAGCCAGAUUAGAAGGCAAUUCAGAAACAAAUGCCUGCAGCUCUUUAAUUAUAAGAAUCACACGUGAGCUGUAUCACCACCUACCUGAGAAUCACUGCGUUUUUACCGGCCUGGAAAACCUGCCUAUUGAGAAGUGUCCCCAGCUGCUCCCUGAACUCUGCAGCAUCCGCGUCCCAACCCUGUUCUGCCCCAGAGCCGUUCUGGAAGUGCUUGCUGUACUCCAGAACAUCGGCAGGCGCUGCGCCCACGUGUCCCGCCAGGUCGCUGCCUCCUGGGAGCAGAGACAUCACCAGUGGGUGGAGAAGAGGCUGCGCUCCCGGCAGAGGCGGAACUACCUGUGCAUGUUAAGCAGCGUUAAGCUUCUGUCUCCUAUGCUUUACCUGAUUUUAUUGCUGAUUGCACUGGAAUUGGUCAACAUUCAUAUGGUUCAUGGAAAAAAUGCUCAUGAAUAUCAGCAGUAUCUGAAGUUCUUGAAGUCACUCCUGCAGUACACGGAGAACCUGGCGGCUCACACCAGCCCGGAAAAGAACAAGUGGGUGGAAACAGUUGGCCUCACGCACGCGGCCCUGCUGAAAAUGCGGGCUUUUAGCGAGAAGGAACAAAUGUUAAUGCAUUUAGCCAAGAAACCCACAAGCGAAGCGGCGCUGUGGAAAUACGGGUCAGAUACUUCUGGUCACGUCAGAAAACCCCUCUCGAACCUCGCACUGAGCAGCGCGUGAGCCGGAAACGCAGAGGCGGGAACCCGGGGCCGGUCCGCGUCCGCGCUCCGUCUCGCCGCGAUUUCUGAUUUGCUCUUUGUGAGCCGGUGGAGUGAGCCGCAGGCGGAUCCCUUCUAGCUGGGUGGCGACAGCAGACUCGGUCCCCUGUCCCUGUCGCAUCCUGUUCAGAGGAGGUGUCCUCGGUGCACCACACUGGGACACGUCCACAUGCAUGGUGCCGUGUCUUCGGUCAUCACACCAGGGGACAUGCUUGGUGAACCUGUUUUGGUGAGGUGAAGCUUGAUCCCUUGGCGAAGGUGGAUGGCUCCAGAUUUCUUCAUUAUAAGGACGUUUACUUGUUAUUAAUAACAUGUGGGAAGUUACUUUGAACCCUUGUGAAUAUUUUUUCCCAGUAGUUCUUCCAUUUUUCAGUAUCCCUUGAUGAAUCCUGCCUGGACCAGUAUUGGCAGAUGUCAGCUGUGGUACUUUUUGCCACGUCUUCACAUUCAUUAUGUCAUUUUUCUCUAAUAAAGAGCUAUCCUUUCUGGCUGUA